AUAUUUCUUGUUCCCAGUGGGACUGUUGUAAAAAUGGCGGUGCCUCGUCGCUCUUCUCAGCAGCAACAACAACAACAGAGCAUAUCCUCGCCAUCUCGCAGUACUUAUCUUUCCCUCACUCCUCCGGGAUCUCCUACAGUUCCCGGUGGUGGAGUAAUUUUGGCUCCAGCGGGUGCUGAACUAGACAGCGCCGGUGACCAGGAGUUAACUCCGGCCUCCCCUGAUAUCCCCGCCCCGGCCCUGAGCAGUAGCACCAGCUCCUCUAACGUUCGUACCACCGGGGGUGGCAUCAGCGCUGGCCCCAGUCCUGACUCGGAUAGCACUAGCCCCGCGGGCGGCGACUGCGGGACAAGCGGGGCUUUCAGAGAGUUGUUUGAAGCGUGUCGCACUGGGGAUGUAUCGCGGGUGAAGAGGCUGGUGGAUACGGUUAACGUGAAUGCCAAGGACAUGGCUGGUCGAAAAUCCACUCCGCUGCACUUCGCUGCAGGAUUUGGGAGGAAAGAUGUUGUAGAGCACCUCCUUGAGACAGGCGCCAAUGUUCACGCCCGUGAUGAUGGAGGUUUGAUCCCUCUGCAUAAUGCCUGCUCCUUUGGCCACGCUGAGGUGGUCAGCCUGCUCCUAUGUCAGGGUGCUGACCCAAACGCCCGGGACAGCUGGAACUACACACCGCUCCACGAGGCUGCCAUCAAGGGCAAAUUAGACGUGUGCAUAGUGCUGCUCCAGCACGGAGCUGACCCCAACAUACGCAACACUGACGGCAAGAGUGCCCUGGACCUGGCCGACCCAUCCGCCAAGGCUGUACUCACCGGUGAAUACAAGAAAGACGAACUCCUGGAGGCAGCUAGGAGUGGAAAUGAAGAGAAGCUCAUGGCCCUGCUCACUCCAUUAAACGUCAACUGCCAUGCAAGUGACGGCCGCAAGUCCACCCCUCUCCACCUGGCAGCAGGGUACAACCGGGUCAGAAUAGUACAGCUCUUACUACAGCACGGUGCCGACGUACAUGCAAAGGACAAAGGGGGUCUGGUUCCUCUCCAUAAUGCGUGUUCCUAUGGUCACUACGAAGUGACAGAGCUGCUGCUGAAGCACGGAGCGUGUGUUAAUGCCAUGGACUUGUGGCAGUUCACCUCUCUCCACGAAGCUGCAUCGAAGAACCGCGUGGAGGUGUGUUCUCUGCUGCUGAGCCACGGGGCUGACCCCUCCCUGGUCAACUGUCACGGGAAGAGUGCUGUGGACAUGGCCCCCACCCCAGAGCUCAAAGAGAGACUCACCUAUGAGUUUAAGGGUCACUCUCUGCUCCAGGCAGCGCGGGAGGCAGACAUGGCCAAGGCCAAGAAGACCCUUGCUCUAGAGAUCAUCAACUUCAAACACCCACAGACCCACGAGACAGCACUGCACUGUUCAGUGGCCUCUCCUCACCCCAAGCGGAAGCAGGUCACAGAGCUGCUGUUACGUAAAGGUGCCAACGUCAACGAGAAGAACAAGGACUUCAUGACUCCCCUACACGUGGCUGCUGAGAGGGCACACAAUGACAUCAUGGAGGUGUUGCAGAAACAUGGAGCAAAGAUGAAUGCACUGGACACCCUGGGGCAGACAGCCCUGCACCGUGCUGCCAUGGCAGGACACCUCCAGACCUGCAGACUGCUGCUGAGCUACGGCGCAGACGCCUCCAUCCUCUCACUACAGGGAUUCACCGCCUCACAGAUGGGCAACGAGGCCGUGCAGCAGAUACUCAGUGAAAAUGUACCAGUGAGGAACUCUGAUGUAGAUUAUCAACUCCUGGAGGCAGCUAAAGCUGGAGAUCUGGACACUGUGAAGUCAUUGUGCUCUCCACAGAAUGUGAAUUGUCGGGACCUGGAGGGUCGUCACUCCACUCCGCUGCACUUCGCCGCCGGCUACAACCGUGUGGCGGUAGUGGAGUACCUGCUGCAUCAUGGGGCCGACGUCCACGCUAAAGACAAGGGAGGUCUGGUGCCCCUGCACAACGCCUGUUCCUAUGGUCACUAUGAGGUGGCUGAGUUGCUGGUGAGACAUGGGGCAUCGGUGAACGUGGCAGACCUGUGGAAGUUCACUCCUCUCCACGAGGCUGCAGCCAAGGGCAAAUACGAGAUCUGCAAGCUGCUCCUCAAGCAUGGGGCGGACCCGACCAAGAAGAACCGUGACGGCAACACUCCUCUGGACAUGGUGAAGGAGGGGGACACGGACAUCCAGGACCUGCUGAGAGGAGACGCUGCCCUGCUGGACGCUGCGAAGAAGGGCUGUCUGGCCCGCGUCCAGAAACUCUGCAGCCCAGAGAACAUCAACUGUAGAGACACACAGGGACGCAACUCCACCCCCCUGCACCUUGCAGCUGGCUACAAUAACCUGGAGGUAGCAGAAUACCUGCUGGAGCAUGGAGCUGAUGUCAACGCCCAGGACAAGGGGGGUCUCAUCCCCCUUCACAACGCUGCCUCUUAUGGGCAUGUGGAUAUAGCUGCUCUCCUGAUCAAGUACAACACGUGUGUGAACGCUACAGAUAAGUGGGCCUUCACCCCGCUCCACGAGGCGGCUCAGAAAGGCCGGACCCAGCUGUGUGCUCUGCUACUGGCCCACGGAGCUGACCCUAGCAUGAAGAACCAGGAGGGACAGACGCCACUGGACCUGGCUACGGCUGAUGACAUCAGAGCGCUGCUGAUAGAUGCCAUGCCUCCGGACGCCCUGCCCAGCUGCUUCAAGCCUCAGGCCACGGUGGUCAGCGCCUCAGUGGUCAGUACAGCGGUCAUCUCUCCAGCCUCCACGCCCUCCUGCUUGUCUGCAGCCAGCAGCAUAGACAACCUGGCCGGGCCCCUCAGCGAGCUCACUGUGGCUGGAGCCACUGGGCCUGCAGAUGGAGCCACCGGCUCCGACAGGAAGGACAGAGAGACCGUUGUAGACAUGAACAUCAGCCAGUUCCUGAAGAGCUUGGGGUUGGAGCACCUGCGCGACAUCUUCCAGAGGGAACAGAUUUCGCUGGAUGUCCUGGCUGAUAUGGGCCACGAGGAGCUGAAGGAGAUUGGGAUCAACGCCUACGGUCACCGCCACAAACUCGUCAAAGGCGUGGAGAGACUCCUGGGAGGACAGCAAGGUGCUAAUUCGUACCUGACGUUCCACUGUGCCAGUCAGGGUACGGUGCUCAUAGACCUGGCCACGGACGAUAAGGAGUUCCAGUCUGUAGAAGAGGAAUUGCAAAGUACGAUCCGAGAGCACCGGGACGGGGGCAACGCAGGUGGGGUCUUCAGCAGGUACAACAUUCUAAAGAUCCAGAAGGUGGUGAAUAAGAAGUUGAGGGAGAGGUACUCACACAGACAGAAAGAGAUCGCUGAUGAAAACCACAACCAUCACAACGAACGCAUGCUCUUCCACGGUUCUCCAUUCAUCAACGCUAUCAUCCAUAAGGGCUUUGACGAACGGCAUGCCUACAUCGGAGGCAUGUUCGGAGCGGGCAUCUAUUUUGCAGAGAACUCCUCCAAGAGUAACCAGUACGUGUACGGGAUAGGAGGGGGCACAGGCUGCCCCACUCACAAAGACCGUUCCUGCUACAUCUGCCACAGGCAGAUGUUGUUCUGCAGAGUGACCCUGGGCAAGUCCUUCCUCCAGUUCAGUGCCAUGAAGAUGGCCCACGCCCCCCCUGGACACCACUCAGUAAUCGGCCGGCCCAGCGUCAACGGACUGGCGUACGCAGAGUAUGUCAUCUACAGAGGAGAACAGGCAUACCCAGAGUACCUCAUCACGUAUCAGAUCCUGAAACCAGAGAGCACACCCUCCCCCACAGCCGGAGCAGAACAGAAGACCUAGUCCAGACUCAACCAGACUAACACACACCCACCUUUGCUGGGAAAGAACGAAUCACAGAGACUGUUACCCAAAACACUACUUCACACAUUCUGGGCUGAGCCAGGAUGAACCUCCGCCCCUUAAAUGAACUCUAACCCCUGGAAGGAUGUCUGUCCUCCACUAGUUUCUGUUCUAUUUCACUCACUAUAAAUGACCAGUUCCUCACAACCACCACCAUUUAUUUCCCCAAAUGUUUAUUUUUUAUUUUUUCCCUCGUCCUUCUUUAGUGUUUAAUUGAAAAUGUUGCCUUCACUGGGAAUUGUCUAAUGUUGUCGCCUGUCUGCUCCCGGGUCUCUCGCUCAUGGUUGACACUGGUUACGGCCAAAUAGAGAGAACCAAGCGGAUAAAGUUCAGGUUAGGUUAGAGAUGGGGACUCAAAGCUCAUUGGUUAGUGGUUAAGGUUAGAAAUAAGGGACUCAGAGCUCAUUGGUUAGCGGUAAGGCUCAGAGAUAAGGACUCUUGCCAGUCUGCCUUCACCUGAGGGAUAGCUUCCCCAGUGAAGCAUGGCUGAGACUCCUCUACUGUACCUAUCACUCAGAUGGAUAUGUAGGUAGAGAUCAGGGUGGAUGUACUAGUAUGCAGUAUACCAGCCUCACUCCCAGCCCUGUUUCUUCAUCAAGCCUGGCAGGGGAAGCUGCGGUACACAGACCCCAGAACCAGAUCAUGCGUGACUGAAAACAACCAAUAACCUCUCCCUUUCCAGCACACAAAUAUAUAUUUUUUUAGCUCAUCAAACCUUACACUUCAUUUAUCCUAUUAGCUCUGUAUUAUUUUAUUGUGAUAUUUCCAUGAUUGUUUUACUUUAUUGUUUUGACUUUGUUUUAAAAGAUUAUGUAUAAUGGGACCAUGUCACAAUGGGGACCAGACCUGGAGGUUUUUGACCUCUUUGUUUUUUUAAAGUUGAGAUGAUAUAAGAUAUCCCUCUCUGGGACCAUUAAGGGUUCCCUCUCUGGGACCAUUAAGGGUUCCCUCUCUGGGACCAUUAGGGGUUCCCAUUAGGGCUUCCCUCUCUGGGACCAUUAAGGGUUUCCUCUCUGGGACCAUUAGGGGUUCCCAUUAGGGGUUCCCUCUCUGGGACCAUUAAGGGUUCCCUCUCUGGGACCAUUAGGGGUUCCCAUUAGGGGUUCCCCCUCUGGGACCAUUAGGGGUUCCCUCUCUGGGACCAUUAGGGGGGACCAUUAGGGGUUCCCUCUCUGGGACCAUUAAGGGUUUCCUCUCUGGGACCAUUAAGGGUUUCCUCUCUGGGACCAUUAAGGAUUUCCUCUCUGGGACCAUUAAGGAUUUCCUCUCUGGGACCAUUAAGGGUUCCCUCUCUGGGACCAUUAAGGGUUUCCUCUGGGACCAUUAGGGGUUCCCUCUUUGGGACCAUUAGGGGUUCCCUCUCUGGGACCAUUAGGGGUUCCCUCUCUGGGACCAUUAGGGGUUCCCUCUCUGGGACCAUUAGGGGUUCCCUCUCUGGGACCAUUAGGGGUUUCCUCUCUGGGACCAUUAGGGGUUUCCUCUCUGGGACCAUUAGGGGUUCCCGCUCUGGGACCAUUAGGGGUUCCCGCUCUGGGACCAUUAGGGGUUCCCGCUCUGGGACCAUUAGGGGUUCCCUCUCUGGGACCAUUAGGGGUUUCCUCUCUGUUACUGGAAGUGAUGGGAAAUUCUCAAAGGUUUCAGAUUGGGACAGAAAUUGAGUUAUGUGAGAAAGUAAAGCAAGCUAUAAGAUGUUACUAUUAUUGUUAGAACAUUACUUUGCACAAGAAAACACUGAACAUCUGACUUUUCAUUACCAUUUCCCAUCCAGUCAAACUCAUCUUUUAAUGGAUUUGCACUUUUAAACGGGAAUGAUUUUUAAGUCAUUUGAAAAUGUAUUGAAAAUAACGUUGAAAAAAGAUGUCCAGUAUUGUACAGUGUGUAGCAGACGAUGCCUUUGUAAAGCUCACCAUGUUGUUAACGGAUGAAGAGUGAGCUGUAUUAGUACUGUAAAUUAUUUGUUUGUUUUUUGGUGGGGAUGAAAGGGAUUUUUGUAGCUGUUUUUCCCGAUCUCUUUCUUGGUCACUUCCACAUUCAUCCCUCUGCUCUGUGUCCUCUUUGAGAAGUAAACAAUAACUUUUCUUACUUCCUACUGGUUUUGUCAAUCAUCCUCUGGGAAAUAACAGUUUGAAGCAAUGGCUGGUUUGAAUGCCACAUCCUGUAGUCUGUAUUGGAGGACACUGUCUUCUCCCUGUGUCGUCUCACUCUCACUAGCUGGGCUCUAUCUGCAUCUGCUGGUGUGGUACUCUGCCAUCCCUGCUGUUUCAGAUACCAGCUCCAGAACUGUCUGCGCUUUGACCGGGAUGUUAACACAUCCAUUUACUGCAACCUGUGUAAGUCCCAAAUAGCACCAUAUUCCCUAUAUAGUGCACUACUUUUGACGGGUUCCCUACUGGCCCUGGUCAAAAGUAAUGCACUAUAUAGGGAAUAGGGGGCUAUUUGGAACUGAAUCCUGGUCUUAAAGGAAAACACCACUCAAAAACUAUAUUUUGGUAUGUGUUUCAUUAGUCUGCUGUUGAUAGUUUUGCACGUCAGCAAUCAAGUUUUCAAGAUAUAGAAUUUUCAAAAUACAGAAUGUGUCCCAGUAUGAAGCGACUAAUGAAACCAUACCAAAAGAUAGUUUGAGUGGAAUUUUCAUUUAAUCUCCACUCUUCUCUUCAGACCAACACCUGGAGAGAGCCUCGAUGCCUCUUACUCUUCCUACUACAGUCCUUAUCUUAUUUUUUCACCAUUUUAUUUUGUUUUUCUGGUGCUGAAAAGAUCCAGUAAGGAAUGACCCACUGACUAUCAUGUACCACAGCUGAUUUGGAGACUAAUGUAACACUCCUCAGUGUUGUAAAGAAGUAUUAAUAAAGUACAUAACUGUUCACAUCUGACCAAUGCCUCUUCCCUGCUACUUUUCUCACAAUAAAAGUAGUUCACUGAA